ACCUGAUGACCAGUGACGAUCCGGUUGGAGAGCGCCACCCACCCCGCACCGAGAGCCACCACCUAACCCCCACUAGGGAAGCGGAUGUCAGUGCUUCGCUGCGCUCCCGUUAGAGGGCGGUCCAGGGAGACGGCUGGGACUUCGCCGAGGCCCGUCCCCUAACGCUGCGAGGUCCUGCACUCCUAGAGGAUGCAGAGGGGCUGAACCCCAAUCCUAUUAUUUCUAGGGACCGCUGAGGCCAGUCUCAAGAACGGGCCAGUCCUCGAGUGCACCACAACUUCGCCAGGUCCGACGAUCACUGUCGCUCUGCCCACAUGUGGGGGUAGCACGGAGUCCUCGUGGGAAGGACCGCUCUUCCACCGUGGAACAAAUGGGCAAGCUGAGGCUACUGUGGGAAAGCGACCUGUCCCGCGUCAGGCACUGAACCCAGGAUUAGCUAAACCUCACUGCAUGUCAGGGGGUCUCUAGCUGAACCCAAGCUGGCGCCUAGCUAAGGCCCCGCCCCUUCACGCAGAACAAACGCAGUGUGGAUGGGACGCCCGGGUCACCCGCGCCGCGGAGCUCGAGGGGCGGUGCUGUAAGGGGCGGGGUCGCUGCAGACUUACUCCACCCUCAUUGGCUGCGCCGCGGGGGGCGGGGCGCGGCUGCCAGAUGUUGGAGCGGCGGCGGCUGAAGCUGCUAGGAGUCCGACGGAGAGUGAGGGCGCCAGGCAAGCCAGCACAGCCAGCCUGGCCAUGUCUGAGCCGCUCCUCCGGGUCGAGGAGGUGCUAGCAGCCCUGGAGGGCGCUCUGGCACCGACAUGCACAGCGCGCGUCUAGACGGCUUCCUGAGUCAGCUCCGCUGGGAAAUGUUGUGUAGCCGGAACACAGGCUCAUCUCCAUUGCCUGGCCCCCUGCAGUCAUCCCCCAAAACUGACCCAGGUGUGCAGCCUGGCCACCAGCUUGGGGCCUCGGAUGCCCUGGAAGAAGACUCUGUCUGCUGUGUGGAGGAAGAGGAGGUGGUCGCCUUGGCGACAAAAGACAGGGGUGCAGUCUUGGGGGGUCACAGGGAGCACAGUCUAGACUGGGACUCAGGCUUCUCGGAGGUGUCAGGCAGCACAUGGCGAGAGGAAGAGUUGCCUGUACUCCAGCGCCCAGCACACCAAGCACGGCCCUGUCAGAGUCAGCGGCUCUCAGUCAGUGGCCUCCCACUGCCCAGCGCAGCACCUGUAGCCAGCACCCCAUCUGCACACCGUCCACGCCCCAAGUCCACCCCAGAUGCCUGCUUGGAGCAUUGGCAGGGACUGGAAACAGAGGACUGGACAGCAGCCCUGCUGAACAGGGGUCGAAGUCGCCAGCCUCUGGUGCUAGGGGACAACUGCUUUGCUGACUUAGUUCACAACUGGAUGGAGCUACCUGAGGCAGCACGUGAAGGGGGCGAUGACGGUGCACCCCGUGCUCGUGCUCGGCCCCCCCAGUUCUUGGUUGGUCUCUCUGAGCAGCUGCGGCGCCAGCUGGCCAGGGCUCGGCGAGCAGCUAUGGCAGGAAAGCGGCUCUCAUGCCCACCUCGCUCAGAUCCUGAACUGCCUGCAGAUGUCUCUCGCUUUGCAGCCCUCAUGAAUUGCCGCAGCCGCCAACCCAUCAUCUGCAAUGAUGUCAGCUACCUCUGACCCUGCCCUCCAGUCGGGGACAAUAAAAGCCUUUUUCUAUA